ACCCUGUGCAUACACACCGGAACGCCACAACCACAGGUCUUUGGUCAUCUUAAUUCAAGAUGCUUUGGUGCACGAGAUCUGUCCGCUUGUUCGUUUAGCCGGCCCGUGUCCUUCGUCGCUUUUUUCACAGUGCCAUGAUUACUGGAGAAAGAAAACUCAGGAUUUCUGCUUAAGCAGCCGCGCGAGUCGAUUUAUUCACUGGUAGGUGAGCUCCCUGAGAUGACGGAGGUGGAGCCGGUGUUGGACUUCGCUUCGUCGGGUCGCUCCGGUCGGCGGAAUGCCCUGCCGGACAUUCUGGGGUCACCUGCGGGGGUCAGCCCCUCCGACCUGCCACUCAAACUGGCCGAGCUGUCACUCACAGACGGGCCGGACGGGGCUCAGACCCCCAGCACUGAAGAGGCUCCGCCCCCUGCAGGCAGCACAGAGGGGCAGGACGGGUCGUAGCAGGGGGGGAGGGGGCGCCCCACAGCCCAGCAUUGCAGAAAUGGGAGGAGGAGGAGGAGGAGGAGGGGAGAGAGAGGAGGGGAGGAAGGGAUGACUGCAAUGAGCUAGUCUGCUUAAACACCAGCUGCAGUGGCGACGGCAGCAACGGGCAACUGCUUGGGCCUGGGGGGGCCGCGUGGUGGGGGAGGUACUGUUCCUAACACCCCCUAUCUGCCCCCCCCCCACCCACCCCAAAAAAACAGACAUGGAAUGGGUUUGGAGACAAUUGUAGAGACAAUAAUAUUUUCAUUUAAAAAAAUAAAUGAAUAAAAACAACGUCAGACACUGCAGCAGGAGAUUCAGUGGAGGAAGAAACAGGAACUUCUUAUUGUGGGCUUUGCUGGAUUUCCCCCACCGUCUAUCUCCUGUUUUUACUAUGAUCUUUUCUAAGUGAAGUCCAUGUUGUGGAUUUACAUGGGAAAACCCUUUCAGAAGGGCUUCUAAUGUUUGUCUGUUGUCCUGCCAUUUAAAGAAAAAGAUUGCCUCAGUUUUCAGAAGAAAACGGCGGGUGUAUGCAAGCGUAAGUCGUGGGAGCGCGGGCUGACAGGUGCCUGCAGUCACAGCUCGUGCUAGUGAAGAAGCAGCCAUCGCUGGGUCCUGGAGACCUCAGACUACAGAGCGGAGGUGCUGAGAAAAUGUCGCAAAGGCUCUGAACGAGCAUUGAAAGGGUGUUGUGUGCCAGCCUAGCCUGGUGUUCUCCGAAUGGGUGCGGCGUUGGGGUGCUGAAUGAGGGCGGUGUUGGGGUGCUGAAUGGGUGCGGGCGUUGGGGUGCUGAAUGAGGGCGGUGUUGGGGUGUUGAAUGGGAGUGGGUGUUGGGGUGGUGGGGGUGGGUGUUGGGGUGCUGAAUGGGGGUCUGUGGGGAUCUCCGAUGGGCAGAGAGUGUGGGAUGUUUAGAGUUAUGUAGCAGAAGCCAGUACCCUGAUAACUAGCCAAGUUCUACUGGAGGACCACGUUUCUCCUGUUUGGACCAUGUUCCUCCUGUUUGGGACCAUGUUCCUCCUGUUUGUGACCAUGUUCCUCCUGUUUGGGACCAUGUUCCUCCUGUUGGGACUCCGUUCCUCUGGUUUGGGACCAUGUUCCUCCUGUUUGGGACCAUGUUCCUCCUGUUUGGACCACGUUCCUCCUGUUUGGGACCAUGUACCUCCUGUUUACUGUGUUCUUUUGCCUCGGGAUAUUUCUGGAAGAAGGAAAAAGCUUGUUGACCAAAAAUAGACCAGCACUGCCAAUCCUUAGAAUCUGUUUCUCAACUGCCUAUUUCAAAGAGAGAAUGGGCCCUGUUAGUCAGAACAGCACAACUGCCCUUACCCCAGGGCUGGGAGCAGUUCUACUGCCCUUACCCCAGGGCUGGAAGCAGUUCUACUGCCCUUACCCCAGGGCUGGGAGCAGUUCUACUGCCCUUACCCCAGGGAUGGGAGCAGUUCUACUGCCCUUACUGGAUUUAAUUUCAUUUCCUGAGUUAGCUGAAUUUAAAUGUAACUGAUCUGAACCCUUUCCCAUGAUUGUUGGCAUUAAGUUUUUCUUUUAAAAUAGCACUUGGCCUCAGCUUUAGAAAUGAGAAUGGAUGUUUUGAUGCUCUAGAUGUCCUGUCAUACCUUAAAGCUCAGUGACCUUUGAGGCACUCAAUGACUUUUUAGGCCUAUAAAUCGAAUCCCCCUCGCCCCCGCUCCAAAAACGACCAAGGUUUUUAUCACAAAGCUGCGUCUGUGGAAGCAGGCGUGCUGUCACCGUGGCGACGUCUCCAAACAGACGGCCGACUGUGCGAGCAGACGGAGAGGAAAGUGCCAUCCUGUGCGUCUGUUUCCCUCCGACGGGGUUAGCACUGCGGCUCGCCUGCGCUCCACAACACUCUCACCAGGGCCAGAAAGGCUGGUCAUCAUCAGCAACUGUUAGCCUGAGUAUAACACAGUCUGGGGAGGGAGGGGGGGGGGGAUGUGUCUUCAACACUAAAUCAUUUACACACAGCGAGAUUUUGUUAUUCACUCAGAACAGGCCUGAAGCAUUUGGGUGGACAGCCUCAGCUUUUUUAAACCUGUCCUGUAGGGGGAAGGUUCUGUUUGUUUGGUUUUUUUUGAGGGGAGGCUCCAUCUUGAAGCAGAACAGAGAGCUCAGCUGCUCUCAUCUCUUUAUGUUUUACCCUGACUAUUAUAGACCUGACUAUCAUAAACCUGUCUAUCAUAAACCUAUCAUAAACCUGUCUAUCAUAAGCCUAUCAUAAGACUGACUAUUAUUAGCCUGACUGUCAUAAACCUGACUAUCAUGAACCUGACUAAUCAUAAACCUGACUAUCAUAAGCCUGACUAUCAUAAACCUGACUAUCAUGAACCUAACUAAUCAUAAACCUGACUAUCAUGAACCUGACUAUCAUAAACCUGACUAUCAUAAGCCUGACUAUCAUAAACCCGACUAUCAUAAGCCUGACUAUCAUGAACCUGACUAUCAUAAACCUGACUAUCAUUAACCUGACUGUCAUAAAAUUAUAGUCAUAAACAGCACUUUGUGGCAGUUCUGUUAUCUACCUGAUAUGAUCCACUCCUACCAACAAAUACGGUGUAACUGAAUCAUUGAUUAGAUGAAUAACCCUGUGUUUACUUUACUUUGUUAAUUAAUUUGUUAUUUAAUUUGUUAUUUCUGUCUACCAGAUACGUGCAGUCACACAUGUAGGUAUGACUCUUUGUACCCUGUGGUCCUACUGAUACUAAAUGUAUUUUUGUUCAGAGGAUGGAUCCAUGAGAGAUAAAACCUUUGGGCCCUUAUAAAAUGUUUGGGUAGAGAUGUGUAUUGUAUGCAAGAUCAAAGAAAAAGGCUUAUAAACUGCAAAAAAAGAGUUCCUGCCAGAACCUCUGGCCAAAUAUCUCAUUCAUUUUAGUGUCACACUUUGGAAAGCUGAUGCCCGUCCUCUUCUAUGACAAACCAACGUGCCGCCUGAUAGAAAGACAAGUUCUCUCCUUUAAUUGUACAUACUAUCGUGUCAUCAGUGGCGGAUAUUUCAAUUCAUGUGUUCACAUAUAUGAAUAUAAUCGUGUAUCUGUUUUAUAUUUGAAGUGUGUGGGCUGUUUUGUGAGGUGUCAAAUUUCUUCUCCAUCAUGAAAAUGGAGAAGUCCAUCUCCCUGACUAUCACGAAUAAAAUCUGAACAAAUUCACAGUGUUGUUAUGAAUCAAGGAAAUGAAAUAAGCUUGAUUUUCAGAAAAUGUGAAACAAAGAAAUGCCUUUAUUUGUACCGAUUUUUUUAACAGUAUGUUUAUUUCAUUGACAUAAAUGUAUAUAUUGAUACUGUUAUGUGAUCAUGUCAUAAUAAACCCUCAUAUGUAAGA